CGAUCCCGUAUGUGACAUCACGAACAACAAGUACAGAGGACCUAGGUCAAUGUGCCCUCCUCUCCAGAAGGUGGCGAAGAGGACACAUUUAGCUUGAUCUACUAGUGCAGGAGAAGAAACAGACGUCAAACGACAAUGGGUCAAAGUCAGAGUGGAGGACAAGGACCUGGUGGAGGGAAGAAGGAUGACAAGGAUAAGAAAAAGAAAUAUGAGCCUCCCAUUCCUACAAGAGUUGGGAAAAAGAAGAAGAAAGUGAAGGGACCGGAUGCUGCUAGCAAACUCCCUUUGGUCACUCCACACACACAGUGCAGACUGAAACUCCUCAAACAAGAGAGAAUUAAAGACUAUCUGCUGAUGGAGGAGGAGUUCAUCAGGAACCAGGAGCAGAUGAAACCUUUGGAGGAGAAACAGGAGGAGGAGAGAUCUAAAGUGGAUGAUCUCAGAGGGACGCCCAUGUCAGUGGGAACUCUGGAGGAGAUCAUUGACGAUAAUCAUGCCAUUGUGUCGACUUCAGUGGGCUCUGAACAUUAUGUCAGCAUUCUGUCAUUUGUAGAUAAAGACCUUCUUGAGCCCGGCUGCUCUGUGCUACUGAACCACAAGGUUCAUGCAGUAAUCGGGGUGCUGAUGGAUGACACGGACCCUCUGGUGACUGUAAUGAAAGUAGAAAAGGCCCCACAGGAGACGUACGCAGACAUUGGAGGUCUGGACAACCAGAUUCAAGAAAUCAAGGAGUCCGUGGAGCUUCCCCUCACACAUCCAGAGUAUUAUGAAGAGAUGGGAAUAAAGCCACCUAAAGGGGUCAUUCUGUACGGUGCACCGGGAACAGGCAAGACUCUUCUGGCAAAAGCAGUGGCAAACCAGACGUCUGCCACCUUCCUGAGAGUGGUGGGCUCAGAGCUUAUUCAGAAAUACCUGGGCGAUGGUCCCAAACUUGUACGAGAGCUCUUCAGAGUGGCUGAGGAACACGCUCCGUCAAUCGUUUUCAUAGACGAGAUCGAUGCUAUUGGCACAAAAAGGUAUGAGUCUAAUUCUGGAGGAGAGCGGGAGAUCCAGAGAACAAUGUUGGAGCUGCUAAACCAACUGGAUGGAUUUGACUCCCGCGGAGACGUUAAAGUCAUCAUGGCUACUAAUAGGAUAGAGACACUUGACCCGGCUCUCAUUAGACCAGGUAGAAUUGAUCGUAAAAUUGAGUUCCCGCUGCCGGAUGAGAAGACCAAGCGCAGAAUCUUUCAGAUCCACACCAGCAGGAUGACAGUAGCAGAUGACGUGACUUUGGAUGACCUCAUCCUGGCUAAAGAGGACCUCUCCGGUGCUGACAUCAAGGCCAUUUGCACAGAGGCAGGGCUGAUGGCUCUGAGGGAACGGAGAAUGAAAGUUACUAAUGAAGACUUCAAGAAGUCAAAAGAGAACGUCCUGUACAAGAAGCAGGAGGGAACACCAGAGGGGCUUUACCUGUAAAAUGUCAUUAUCCUUUUGAUAUUAACAUUUAUUCCUGAUGUAACCCUCUGUUUUCAUUUGUGCUCAAUGCCAAUUAAAUAUUUCAGUUCACUAAGCCUUUACUGAACUCAUUGUCUCAUGGUUAGAUCCAGAGAUCCAGCUGUCAUUUCCUAGGGUUGAACUACUUUUUUAAGUCGACAUUUAUGUGAUUAAUAUAUCGACUACUCGCUGAUUAUGUUAUUAAUGAACAAAUAAGCCUGAACCUCGAGCUGAGACUCGGACGUGGGUUGACCUGUGCACAGCUAUGGUAUAUGACACAGCGCUGCCCACAAGGCAACUGCUCCUCCUACAUAACAUAAUAUUUUUAUUAGUUCUUUUGUCUUUGGGUUGUCAUAUUUCUCAGAUUUCUGCUUGUUCUAAAUCAUCCAAAUAAAGUAGCACAGUAAAGAUUACAUUUAUAUGAAAGCGUUAGUAAUGGAGAGCCAUUGCAUGUGAAUGGAUUCUACCUGGCAGCGUCUCUAAUAGUGAAGCUGUGGGUAUUAGUUGCUAAGAAAUAUAUGCUAGAACUUUUCAGUUUCUAAGCUAUUUUAUUGAUAAAUCACUGAACAGUGUUCACAAUACAUUUCUGUGCUACUGAAUGUUUCUGUGUGAGCACGAUGUGCAGAUCUAAUAAAAAAUUCAAACCGUU